CGUUGUCCAUGUUUUCUACAGUCAUUAGAUCAAACAGUAACAGACACCAGGACUGAUAAGGAGAAUGAGCAGCUACUUUUCUGCAGAUGUUAUCUCCACACAGGAAGCUGGGAAGCGUCUCAAAGUCGAUCUGAGGUGAGAGCUCUACUAUGGAACAGUGUGAGCACAGAGAGGAGGGAAUCCCUCCGUCUGAGUCCACUCUGUGUGGGGAACAUGAGAGCCAGACCAAAGCUCGGGGCGCAAAGAAGAGGCCCAGCUCAAACUCUGAACCUGAGCCCGAGCCCAGCUCUGUCUCCAUGAGCAGUGAUCAGUCCAAGGAACCUCCUCUUGUUUUUAAACGACAGCAUUCUUUUGAAAACCAAUUUUUGCAGAGCUCAGAGACUCCCAGUGGUCAGUCUGACCCUUGUCAUCAAACAAAUCUGGACUCCAUAUUUACGCUGCUGGAGGAAAACAUUGUCCGCUUUGUGAAGAAUGAGCUGAAGAAGAUCAAGAAAGUCCUGAAUCCAAAUUGCUCACAGUACUCAGAGAGUCAGGAGGAAGAAGAUGUGUUGGAGGGUGAGGAUGAAGAUCAAAUGAAGUGCAACCAAGACUCAUUUAUAAAGAUCACGCUGCACUUCCUGAGGAGACUGAAGCAGGAGGAGCUGGCUGACCGUCUGCAGAGCAGAAAUCCUGAUGCUGCAGAGUUUCGCCAAAAACACAAGACUCGCCUAAAGAGGAAGUUCCAGUGUGUGUUUGAGGGGAUCGCUAAAGCAGGAAACCCAACCCUUCUGAAUCAGAUCUACACAGAGCUCUACAUCACAGAGGGAGGGACUGCAGAGGUCAAUGAUGAACAUGAGGUCAGACAGAUUGAAACAGCAUCCAGGAAACCAAACAGACCAGAAACGAUAAUCAGACAAGAAGACAUCUUUACAGUCUCACCUGGAAGAGAUGAACCAAUCAGAACAGUGGUGACAAAGGGAGUGGCUGGCAUUGGGAAAACAGUCCUAACACAGAAGUUCACUCUGGACUGGGCUGAAGACAAAGCCAACCAGGACAUCAAGUUCAUGUUUCCAUUCACUUUCAGAGAGCUGAAUGUGCUGAAAAAGGAAAAGUUCAGCUUGGUGGAACUUGUUCAUCACUUCUUUACUGAAACCAAAGAAGCAGGAAUCUGCAGCUUUGAAGACCUCCAGGUUGUGUUCAUCUUUGAUGGUCUGGAUGAGUGUCGACUUCCUCUGGACUUCCACAAAACUACAAUUUUGACUGAUGUUACAGAGUCCACCUCAGUGGAUGUGCUGCUGAUAAACCUCAUCAGGGGGAAACUGCUUCCUUCUGCCCUCAUCUGGAUAACCACACGACCUGCAGCGGCCAAUCAGAUCCCUCCUUCAUGUGUUGACAUGGUGACAGAGGUCAGAGGGUUCACUAACCCACAGAAGGAGGAGUAUUUCAGGAAGAGAUUCAGAGAUAAGAAGCAGGCCAGCAGGAUCUUCUCCCACAUCAAGUCAUCACGAAGCCUCCACAUCAUGUGCCACAUCCCAGUUUUCUGCUGGAUCACUGCUACAGUUCUGGAGGAUGUGCUGAAAACCAGUGAGGAAGGUGAGUUGCCCAAGACCCUGACUGAGAUGUACAUCCACUUCCUGGUGCUUCAAACCAAAGUGAAGAUGGUCAAGUAUGAUGGAGGAGCUGAGACAGAUCCACACUGGAGUCUAGAGAGCAGGAAGAUGAUUGAAUCUCUGGGAAAACUGGCUUUUGAUCAGCUGCAGAAAGGAAAUCUGAUCUUCUAUGAAUCAGACCUGACAGAGUGUGAUAUUGACAUCAGAGCAGCCUCAUUGUACUCAGGAGUGUUCACACAGAUCUUUAAAGAAGAGAGAGGACUGUACCAGGACAAGGCGUUCUGCUUCAUCCAUCUGAGUGUUCAGGAGUUUCUGGCUGCUCUUCAUGUCCAUCUGACCUUCAUCAACUCUGGAGUCAACCUGCUGGAAGAUCAACAGGCAACAUCUUAUUUGCCUGAAAUGUUUACAGAAAUACAUGAACUAAAAUAUCUCUUACAGAGUGCUGUGGAUAAGGCCUUGGAGAGUCCAAAUGGACACCUGGACUUGUUCCUCCGCUUCCUCCUGGGUCUUUCACUGCAGACCAAUCAGACUCUCCUACGAGGCUUGCUGACACAGACGGGAAGUAACUCACAGGACACAGCCCAGUACAUCAAGAAGAUGAUCAGUGAGAAUCUUUCUGCAGAGAAAAGCAUUAAUCUGUUCCAUUGUCUGAAUGAACUGAACGAUCGUUCUCUAGUGGAGGAGAUCCAACAGUCCAUAAGAUCUGGUAGUCUUUCUACAAAUGAACUGUCUCCAUCUCAGUGGUCAGCUGUGGUCUUCAUCUUACUGUCAUCAGAAGAAGAUCUGGAUGGAUUUGACCUGAAAAAAUACUCUUCUUCAGAGGAGGCUCUUCUGAGGCUGCUGCCAGUGGUCAAAGCCUCCAACAAAGCUCUGCUCAGCUGUUGUAAUCUCUCAGAAAGAAGCUGUAAAGCUUUGUCAUCAGUUCUCCGCUCCCAGUCCUGUAGGCUGACUGAGCUAGACCUGAGUAACAACAAACUGCAGGAUUUAGGAGCGAAGCAGCUGUGUACUGGGCUGGAAAAUCCACAUUGCAAACUGAAAAUUCUCAGGCUCUCAGGUUGUAUGAUCACAGCGGAAGGUUGUGUUGCUUUGGCCUCAGCUAUGAGGGGCAACCCCUACCAUCUGACAGAGUUGGACCUGAGCUACAACCAUCUAGGAGACUUUGGAGUGAGGCUGCUAUCGGCUAGACUGAGAGACCCGCUCUCCACACUUGAAACUCUCAGGGUGGACCAUAGUGGUGAACAGUGGUUAAAACCUGGUCUGAGGAAGUAUGUCUGUGAUCUUGAACUGGACACAAACUCAAUAAACAUAAACCUUAAACUUUCUGAAGACAACAAGAUGGUGACAGUUGUGGAGGAGGAGCAACCAUAUCCUGAUCAUCCAGACAGAUUUGGUUGGUGGCAGCUGCUGUGUAGAAACGGUCUGACUGGUUGUUGUUACUGGGAGGUUGAAUGGAAAGGAAGAGUUCACAUAUCUAUUAGUUACAGAGGAAUCAGAAGGAGAGGACACAGAACUGACUGCAGGUUUGGAGAGAAUGAUCGGUCAUGGAGUCUGAGCUGCUCUGAUACUGUUGGUUACUCCGUCUGGCACAAUAACACAGUUACAACCAUCUCCUUCUCCUCGCCCUCCUUAUCCUCCAUGUCUAACAGAGUAGCAGUGUACGUGGACUGUCCUGCUGGGACUCUGUCGUUCUACAGAGUCUCCUCUGACACUCUGAUCCACCUCCACACAGUCAACACAACAUUCACUGAACCUGUGUAUCCUGGGUUUGGAUUCUGGUCUUAUGGUUCCACAUUGUCUCUGUGUUCUUUGAAGAAUGAAGAAGAAGAAAACCCUUUGGACAUUUAGACACAAUCUCAAAGUCUGUAAUAGAAAUGUCAAACAUUCAAAUCAUUGAUUGUGAUUUAAUGCUGUCUUAUAAGCAGAAGUAGCUGAACAAAUGUUUUUACAGAUUUGGUAUCAGGACACCAAAUAUAUAAAGCCGUGAAGGUUAAUAGUUAAACUGAGUUUUUUAAAUUUAUUAUUCUGCUUUUUUUUUUGUGUCAAACACAUUUGGUUUACCAAGAGGAGAGACAUAGACUCUCUACAGGAUCCUCUUGUUACUUUCUUAAAUUUAGAUAUGCAUUUAUUUUAUUGUAUUACUCAUAAUAUUAUCUGUGUCGUUAUGAUAGGGCUGAUGGGCUGAUUUUUAAAAAUUAAACAUGUGCUGCACAUGAAUAGUGCAAAUAAAAGACUGAAUCUU